AUGAAACCCGACAACAGUAUUACUCUUUCUCACUCGCCCUCCAACAGUCCAUCUCAUUUAGACAACAAAAGAAAUUCAGUAGUGGGUCUGUUUCUUGAGGGUCGAAAACGACAAUUGAUAGAAUAUAUGGCAAGAUGCGUUAACCAAGUGGAGGCAGCCUAUGCAAGGAGCUCUAUGGAGAACAGAACACAGUCUAUUACCAAGGAGGAGAAGAUUGAUCUACCUGUCGACAGACGGCACGGCUAUAAUGCUGACAGCAUUCUUCGAUUGUCAAAUGCAGGUAUGGAGAUAUUUGUCUCUGAGGUCAGCUCAAGAUACGGUACAGAAGAAAAAGAUAGGCAUGCGAUAGAUCAUUCCAGGGGAAUGUUUGCACAACUAUCAAUGUUAGAGGCAAUUGCCGACAAGUAUGAAUACGCUACAGUAGAAGCCUUGCUCAAACAGAAAGCACUCUUCCCAAAAGCAUACAAUCGAUGUGCGUGUGUGGCCAAUGAAAGCUGUGGAUAA